UUUUGCAUAAAAUUUGACGUCAAAAACAUAAAUAGUUGAAAGAGUUGAGAGAGUAAUGAAAAGAAAAGAAAACAAAACUGAGGGACGACCAAAUCAUUCUCUUUCUUUUCUUCUCUCUCUCUAUUUCUUCCGACCGAACACAAGCAAAGCUUCUUCGAUCUUCCUCGUACUGUCUUCGUUUUUAAAUAAUGUCUGGAGAUGAUGAUGAACCUUCUUAUGGCUCUGGAGACGAAGUAAACAUCACUGAUGGACACAACAAGCGUAUCCCUCCAGCAACACCUUCUUCUGCUGCCUCUGGACCAACUCGUAAAAGAAGUCGCAAGGCCUGUGGCGAUGCCAUAGUCGAAGCCAUGCUAGAAAUCGCAGCGGCCUCCAAAAUGAGAGCGGCGGCUUUGGCUAACAACGGAGACAGAUUCUCGAUCAGCAAAUGCAUCAGAGCGCUUGAUGACUUGCAAGGUGUUGAUCAAGCUACCUACUUUGUUGCCUUGGAUCUGUUUGAGAAUGCUAGUUCACGGGAGAUUUUCAUCUCGUUGAAGUAUGAGAAACGGUUGAAGUGGCUACUGGGAAAGUGUAGAGCUUUGUAAUUUUUCUGUUGCAAGUUCUUGGUACUUAUGGUGAAAUGAUGUCAUUGAUCUUCUUCACUUGCUUAUAUAUGAAGAUGUAUCACUGGUGGAAAUCAAUUGAAUUGUUUUCUUAGACUAUCUCUUUAGUAUUGUAAAGCUGGAAAGGCCAAAUAAAGAGAGCGCACCAAUGUUAUUUACCAAAAGCUCAUUUGUUAAA